GAAUAGUGACGUAUUUUCUAUGACGUAAAGCGCCGUUUAUUUUAACUAGAUUAAAAAAAGGAAGAGGAUUCUACAUUUACAUUUUUUAAUAACAUUAGAUAAAAUUGGAGCAAAAAUGCCGAGAACCAAGAGGAUUCAAAAUAAAAAAAAUAUAGAUGCUCCUUAUACAAACAAAAAAGAUUUGAUGUUGUUAAUUAAGGAUAAAGAGGCAGAAUAUUUAACUUUAUUGGACAGGGAAAGGGAAGAACAAUUACAAUCAAUUAGUUUGGAUUACAUGAAUGUGAAAGCAAGUAUAAAAGAAUCUGUGUUAAAUGCAACUGUUAAAGAUAUUAUAAGUGGUGAACUCAUAAGUUUUUCCGAAACUACAGUAGCUCUUUCUGAUUUAACUAAUACAUUAGAAUCGACAAAAAGCUCCGCGAACCAAACGAGAUCAGGUAAAAAGGGAGUGACAUCGGAAAUUAGGACUCAAAAUCGAAGUGCAUCAGUAGAUCCGAAAAAAUCAGUUAAAAGAAGUAUAUCAUUAGGCUGUCGAGAUGAGGGUUAUAGAACAGCUGAAAGUACCAGUAGUACUACUUCAGGUAACACCAGGAUGUCAAGAUCAAAAACGAGGACUGUAAAACAAGUGUCUCGCUCUGUUUCAAGAAAUGCUGGCAAAUUGGCUGAAUACAAAACACCUGCUAAUAAACAACCAAUACCUUGUAAUUCAGGGACUAUUACACCAAAGUGUAAACCAAAUACACCACAAGUAUUUCUUCGACGACCAAAAAUUGGAGAGGUGGCAUGGUCUAAUCAAGGUUCGCCCUUACUGAUUGGACCAGUCGCACCCGAAAGCACAGCAAAUGUUAACAUACCUCUUAGUAAUGGUAACUUGGUUUCAUUAUUACCACAAAAAGGAAUACGUAUGUCACAAAUUCCAGACGUUGAUGCACAGACGAUUCACGAACUUAAAAUUCUAAGGGAUAAUUUAAUUAAAGUUUGCAGUCACGUUCAGAAGUAGUAUAUUCGUCGUCUAUCGAACUACUAUAUUAAAUAUAAUUAAUUUUAUGUUAAGUUAGUUAUAUCCAUUCUUAUAAUUAAUUGUCGCUGGUAUUUUUGUAUGUAAUAUAUAAAUGUACUAAAAGAUGUAUUAAAUGUA